AGUAAGUUACAGUGCAGUGUGGGACCUGACUUUGCAGUCUUGAGCAGGGCUGUGAUAGGUAAUCUACUCUAGGUUGGAUGGAUGUUUGAAGACUGGUUAAUCCUUAUGCGAAAUAUUACUUAUUUUCUACAAGGGCUUUUAGCAAACCAUGGAGCAAAAGCCAGAGCCACAGCCAGGUGACUUGAUAGAAAUCUUCCGUGCUGGUUAUCAGCACUGGGCUGUAUAUGUUGGAGAUGGAUACGCUGUUCACUUGGUGAACCCUGCCGGCUUGUCCGGCUUGUCCAGCUCAUCCGGCUCACAAAGCAUUGAUCCAAGUUUGGUUUGCAGAGGAGAAGUAAAGAAAGAAAAACUUGAGAAGGUGGUUGACAAUGAUAAGUGGGAAAUAAAUAACAAACUGGACUCAACACACAGCCCUCGUCCAACCAAGGAAAUAGUAAAAGAGGCCCUUUCAUUUGUGGGUGAGGAGGUGAUCUACAGUGUCCAUAUGAGGAAUUGUGAGCACUUUGCCACUGAGCUGCGCUAUGGCAAAGCCAUUUCUUGGCAGGUGACUGAGGCCGCAGAAGCAGUUGGAGUAGCAGCAAUAUGCGUACUGGCAGUAGCUGCCGCUAUUUUGUUUUUCAUCAAGAAGGCAGAGAUUAACUGAACUUCCUCCUCCUCAACCUAUUUCUCUGUUUGUAUUCAAUGGAAUGCAUGGAUUUAAAAAUGUAUUGAUGGCAGCAUUGGAGAAAUUCAAACCGUAUCUACCUAAAAAAAUCAGGACCAGCCAACAAAGGAGAUUGUAAAAUGUUCUAAUUAUUGUGUUUUGAUUAUUUUCUUUACUCAUUUCUCUGUGCAGUUAUAUUUUCCUUAAAGAUAAAUAGAGACUAUCUGAAAACCCCCUCCACAUCUAGGCAUGUCACUGAACAUAUUUUACCUUGGUUUUUAUUCAUUUUAUUUUUAUCCUGUAAAGGGGUUCUCUUAGUUCGUAAGAUGAAUGGAAAGUUAUAGAAUUGUGUUUCUUCUUUCUUUUAAAAUGACUGCCACCCACUCUCAAGAAAAAAAACCAAACAGGUCAGGAUUGGCCAUCACAAAACCCACCUUGUGUAAUUUGAUUUUAUUUAAGAUAAACUCAACAUUAAAACCCCCAUAUUGA